AUGGGCAAUCGGACUUUAUCCGUACUACAGGGACGCCGAUUAGCAGGGACUCUGGACUUGAGUCUUCCUUCGGAUAUCACGCGUGAAGUCCGUUCCAAAACAAUCGAGAAGGGGUUGCAGUGGCUGCGAGACAAUCAUCCCAUGGACGAGGAUGCGGCCAUUAUGGCUCGUAUCGAGCGGGAGGAGAAAGAGGAAGAAGAACAACUCCUUCAAUAUGUGAAAGGGCUUGGUCCUCAAAGCGGACAGUGGGGUGCCCAGCUCGGCGAGGGGGAUGACAUUUACGGCAAAAGUGUUCUCAAGGAAGUUCGGAAAGAAAAUGAGGCAAGACUGCUUGCUAAGCACGAGAAAGAACGCAAAGAAUGGCUAGAGGGGGAAGCGAAAGAUCGGGAAAGGUACCAGAGACACCUGAAAAGAAACACAGCGCUGCAGACAUAUAAUCCGUCUGAGGUAGUGGAAGCUCGGCCGCGUGCUGACCCGAAAGAGCGUCCGUUUCUCGCAUGGGCUCAGAAACAUUAUUUGCGGGCGGAGAACACAGAGGCCGAUUUCACAUCCAUGACAACAGCUCGUCGUAUUCUCCCCUCUCUCGGAUUGACUCUAGUCGUCUUGGCUUUAUGCUAUUACUACGCAGAGACAUACAACCCUCCAGCCCAACAGGCACGCAUGUGGCCUGAUAUUCCUCCUGCAGCUGCGACUGUCCUGGGAAUCAUGGGUACCAAUAUCGCAAUCUGGGUCCUAUGGAAAGUGCCCCCUGCAUGGCGACUACUCAACCGUUAUUUCAUAAGUGUCCCAUUAUACCCAUACGCCCCGAGCGUGGUUGGCAGUAUUUUCAGCCACCAACAGAUCAAACACUUGGCCACAAACACUUUAAUUUUGUGGCUCAUUGGGCUAAGAUUACAUGACGAAAUUGGCCGCGGAAACCUCCUCGCGUUGUAUAUCGGAUCAGGCGUCUUUGGCUCGCUUGCAUCUCUGGCGUCUCACGUUCUGUUCCACAAACUAACUAUAACCUCACUUGGUGCGAGUGGCGCCAUAGCUGGCCUAGUAGCCGCCUGGUGCAUGCUGCAUUCCGACUUUCUUCCUCAUGAAUGGCGCGAGUACGUCGCCGCCAACGGGUCCACUGUCCUAGGACUCAUUGUUGCAUUUGAGCUAUUUAAUUUGGUCUCGCCAUUCAAGGUCGCCAAACUAGAUCAUUGGGCCCAUCUAGGAGGUUAUUUUGCAGGCGCCGUAUGGGCCAUUCUAUACAAGGAAAAGCUCGACAGAGAGAAACGAAAGCGAAACGAAAGAGGAUUUUUGGAUCGCUUAGUGCCGAGUUCUUCCAGGUAA